CCCCCGCAGACGGAGAAGCCGACCCACUACAGGUAUCUAAAGGAGUUUAGGACAGAGCAGUGCUCCCUGUUUUUGCAGCACAAGUGCACCCAGCACAGGCCAUUUACCUGUUUCCAUUGGCAUUUCCUAAAUCAGCGUCGGCGCAGACCUCUCCGUAGGCGCGAUGGCACCUUCAACUACAGCCCGGACGUGUACUGCUCCAAGUACGACGAGGCCACCGGCGUGUGCCCCGACGGCGACGAGUGCCCCUGCCUGCACCGCACGGCCGGGGACACGGAGCGCAAGUACCACCUGCGCUACUACAAGACGGGCACCUGCAUCCAUGAAACCGAUGCACGUGGCCACUGUGUAAAGAAUGGGCUGCACUGUGCCUUUGCGCAUGGCCCCUUGGACCUGCGGCCUCCCGUGUGUGAUAUCAGGGAGCUGCAGGCCCAGGAAGCCUUGCAGAACGGCCAGCUCGGUGGUGGGGAUGGUGUCCCUGAUCUGCAGCCUGGGGUCUUGGCCAGCCAGGCCAUGAUCGAGAAGCUCCUGGGUGAGGACCCUCGGUGGCAAGAUGCCAACUUCGUGUUGGGCAGCUACAAGACUGAGCAGUGCCCGAAGCCGCCGCGUCUGUGUCGCCAGGGCUAUGCAUGCCCACACUUCCACAGCAGCAGGGACCGGCGACGGAACCCCCGCAGGUUCCAGUACAGGUCCACACCCUGCCCCAGCGUGAAGCAUGGGGAUGAGUGGGGGGAGCCCUCUCGCUGUGAUGGUGGCGACAGCUGUCAGUACUGCCAUUCCCGCACAGAGCAGCAGUUCCAUCCUGAGGCAAAGCGGAGAGAUUCACCUGCUGAAGGCAGCCAGAGGGCCGGUGGGCAGGACGGCCAGCAGAACCACCUCGCUGUGUUCGCAGUGGUCCACCCACUGGCACCCAGCGUAAGCUCCAGUGUGGCAUCCAGCACGGGGUCAGGCAGCUCAUCCCCCACAGCCCUGCCAGCCCUCUCUGCCCGAACUCUCCCAUUGGGCCCUGCCAGCAGCACUGUUGAGGCCGUCUUGGGUUCUGCUCUAGACAUUCGUCUUGGUGAUGUGAAUGUCACGUCUUUAGAGAAGGACCUAGAAGAGCACAACGGUCACGACCUUGGGCCCACAGGUCCGAGGUCACUGGCAGGCUCAGCGCCUGUGGCCAUUCCAGGCUCACUGCCUCGAUCACCGUCCCUGCACUCCUCGUCUUCCCUGUCCACCUCACCGCUCAGCUCACUCUCCCAGUCCCUGCCGGGGCCUCUGGUCUCCACAGCCAUGACACCCCCCCAGCAGCCGCUGCCCCUUCGCUCAGAGCCGGGGGUGCUGGGCUCCUCUGCCUCAUCCUACAGCUCCUUAGGUUUGAAUGGUGUCCCUGGGAGCAUCUGGGACUUUGUUUCUGGUAGCUUCUCUCCCAGCCCAUCCCCUGUCCUGAGCACUGGCCCCACAUCCUUGAGUGCGAGUCCUAAUGGUGCCGAGCUGGCCCGGGUCCGGCGGCAGUUAGAUGAGGCCAAGAGGAAGAUCAGGCAGUGGGAGGAAUCCUGGCGGCAGGUGAAGCAGGCCUGUGAUGCAUGGCAGCGGGAGGCUCAGGAGGCCAAGGAGCGAGCUCGAGUGGCAGACAGCGACCGACAGCUGGCGCUGCAGAAGAAGGAGGAGGUAGAGGCCCAGGUCAGGCAGCUGCAGGAGGAGCUUGAGGGCCUGGGCCUGUCCGCCCUGCCUGGGCUGCGUAGCUUUGGUGAGAUCGGUGCCCUCCCUCUGCCAGAGUUGCACUCCCUGCAGAGUCAGCUGCGCUUGGACUUGGAAGCAGUGGAUGGGGUGAUUUUCCACCUCCACACCAAGCAGUGUGUGGCCUGCCGGGAGCAACCCCGAGGUGCCAUCUUGCAGCCCUGCCAGCACCACGUCCUCUGUGAGCCUCGUGUGGCCAGUGCACCUGAGUGCCCCUACUGUGAGGGCCAGCCCCUGCAGUGGUGACUAGUUCUGAGGGAAACACUGCCUCUCCUGGCAAGCAUCACUGGGUAUGGAGGCUCUGACAGUCCCUGUGCACAUGGCAGCAUCAUCACGCCCUCCUGAGCUAACAUCAGAGGGGGACUGGGGCCUUGGGCCCACUGCACCCUGGGUGGUGUCUUCUACUUUCCUGCCCCAUUGAUGGUUUUAAGGUAUUCUUAAAAACCUAAGAAAACCCACAGACCCCCACCCACCUGUCCCUGAGGGUCCUGUCACUUUGGUGGAAUGGGUGGGCACCAUGAUCACGUGGUUUGUGGUCUCAGCACUGUUGUGUCCAGACCGCAGGGAGUCAAGGUCAAGUCAAAGCACUUUGUAAAGUGAGAAGUUUAGUUACAUGUUAUCAAUUGCUCUAAGCUGCUUUCUAGGUUCAUUGUUUUUUAAUAUGUGAUA